AUGUCCAUUCUCGACGCUCUCAAGGGUGUCCUGAAGCUCGCUCUCAUGCACGAUGGUCUCGCCCGCGGCCUCCGAGAGGCUUCCAAGGCCCUCGACCGACGACAGGCUCACAUGUGUGUCCUGAACGAGAACUGCGAGGAGGAGGCCUACAAGAAGCUUGUUGUCGCUCUCUGCAACGAGCACAACAUUCCCCUGAUCCAGAUCCCUGAUGGCAAGCAGCUCGGCGAGUGGGCUGGUCUCUGCGUCCUCGACCGUGAGGGCAACGCCCGCAAGGUCGUCAACUGCUCUUGCGUCGUCGUUAAGGACUGGGGUGAGGAGUCUCAGGAGCGAUCCAUCCUCCUGAACUACUUCCAGACCGAGCAGUAA